GCACCAAUAACAACAUAUCGAUAUAUCGAUAUCGUCCCCGUCUGACGACCCAUUUUACGAUAGCAAAAAAAGUGCAAAAAAACCAAAUUCUCGGCGUAAUUUAUUAGUAAAUAGCGUAGUUAAGCAGCAGCAGAACCUCCACUUCCAUCCCCAGACGGACCCAGGACCCAGGAUCCAGACCCAGUCGAGAUGUCGCUCAAGCCCAAGAUAGUGGAGUUUGUCGAUGUUUGGCCGCGCCUGCGCUGCAUCGCAGAGUCGGUGAUAACGCUCACCAAGGUGGAGCGCUCGGUGUGGAAUACAAGCUUCAGCGACGUUUACACGCUGUGCGUGGCGCAGCCGGAACCGAUGGCCGAUCGCCUCUACGGUGAGACAAAGCACUUCCUCGAGCAGCACGUCCAGGAGAUGCUGGCCAAGAAGGUGUUGAUCGAGGGCGAAGGUUCCAACUCCAAUGGAGGGCCGGACCUGCUUCAUCGCUACUACACUACCUGGAUGGAAUACAGCCAGGGCAUUAAGUAUCUGCACCAGUUGUACAUCUACCUAAACCAGCAGCACAUCAAGAAACAGAAGAUCACCGACACGGAAUCGUUUUACGGCAAUUUAUCCAGCGAUGCUGCGGAACAAAUGGAGAUUGGCGAGCUAGGACUGGAUAUUUGGCGACUGUAUAUGGUCGAGUUUCUGGCCAGCGAACUAGUGCGUCACAUUCUUGAGGGAAUUGCCGCAGAUAGGGCUAGCAAUGGCACACUGGAUCACCAUCGCGUGCAGAUCAUCAACGGGGUGAUACACAGUUUCGUGGAGGUACAGGACUACAAGAAAACAGGCUCGCUGAAGCUCUACCAGGAGCUCUUUGAGGGUCCCAUGCUGGAUGCAAGUGGCACCUAUUAUACAGACGAGGCGAACAAGCUGCUUCAGCGCUGCUCAGUAUCUGAGUAUAUGCAGGAGGUUAUCCGAAUACUGGAGUAUGAAAACCGGCGAGCACAGAAGUUUCUGCAUGUGAGUUCCCUGCCAAAGCUGCGCAAAGAGUGCGAGGAAAAGUUCAUCAACGACCGAUUGGGCUUCAUCUACUCGGAAUGCCGCGAAAUGGUGUCCGAGGAGAGGCGCCAAGACCUGCGCAACAUGUACAUCGUGCUCAAGCCCAUACCCGACAAUCUGAAGUCCGAGCUUAUUACGACUUUUCUGGAUCACAUCAAAAACGAGGGUCUGCAGACCGUUUCUGCCUUGAAGGGCGAGAACAUCCACAUUGCGUUUGUGGAGAAUAUGUUAAAGGUGCACCACAAGUACCAGGAGCUCAUAGCCGACGUCUUCGAAAACGAUUCUCUCUUCCUUAGUGCGUUGGACAAAGCAUGUGCCAGUGUUAUAAAUCGCCGGCCCACCGAACGGCAGCCGUGCCGCAGCGCGGAAUAUGUGGCCAAAUACUGUGAUACGCUACUGAAAAAGUCCAAGACCUGUGAGGCAGAGAUCGACCAAAAGCUUACCAACAACAUAACCAUAUUCAAAUACAUCGAGGACAAGGAUGUGUACCAGAAGUUCUAUAGCCGACUACUGGCUAAGCGCCUUAUCCACGAGCAGAGCCAGAGCAUGGAUGCGGAGGAGGGAAUGAUCAACCGAUUGAAACAAGCCUGCGGAUAUGAAUUUACCAAUAAACUACAUCGAAUGUUUACGGAUAUUUCGGUAUCUACAGAUUUGAAUAACAAGUUCAAUACUCACCUAAAGGAUAACAAUGUGGACUUGGGCAUUAAUCUCUCCAUUAAAGUACUGCAGGCGGGCGCGUGGCCUUUGGGAUCCACGCAAGUCAUACCAUUCGCAGUACCACAGGAAUUUGAAAAAUCUAUUAAAAUGUUCGAGGAUUAUUAUCAUAAAUUGUUUAGUGGUCGCAAGUUGACUUGGCUUCAUCACAUGUGCCAUGGGGAACUUAAGUUGAGCCAUUUAAAAAAGUCCUACAUCGUGACUAUGCAAACUUACCAAAUGGCGAUAAUUCUUCUGUUCGAGACGUGCGAUAGUCUGAGUUGUCGAGAGAUCCAGAACACACUGCAGCUGAACGAAGAAACGUUUCAAAAGCACAUGCAGCCUAUGAUCGAGUCAAAGCUGUUGAAUGCCAACUCAGAGAAUCUCGCCGGGGAGACUCGAAUAGAAUUGAAUUUGGAUUACACAAAUAAACGUACAAAAUUUAAGAUAAGUUCGGCUUUGCAAAAGGAAACGCCACAGGAGGUGGAGCACACUAUCAACUCUGUGGAUGAGGAUCGAAAAUUGUUCCUGCAAGCCGCAAUUGUCAGAAUUAUGAAGGCGCGCAAGGUCUUAAAGCACAAUGCGCUAAUACAAGAGGUUCUCUCCUUAUCGAAAGUAAGCUUUACGCCCAACAUUGCAAUGAUCAAGAAAUGCGUGGAAUCAUUAAUUGACAAACAAUAUAUUGAGCGAACCGCGAAUUCAGGAGAUGAAUAUAGCUACAUGGCCUAGGCUGUGGCAGAGAUUAUUUAAUCUAAACACUAAUUAAAUCCCCAGACCAGCACCCGAAGACACAAGGAGAAAUUGUUAAACAGUCGGCUUAUUUUGUCUUAAAAAACCUCAUACAUAUAAAGGAUUUAAGCAAACUACUUACAUCCGCAUGUUUACAAUAUUCUUAUAAAGAGCAAAACGGAGCAAAUGAAUUGUGUAGCAAUUUGGAUUUGGUUUUUUAUGAUCCUAGCAUAUUGGAAUGAAGGAUGUGUGGGGAUCGAUCGAUGUUACUGAUACUUUUAAUUUAGUUUAGCUAGUUGCCCCAUUUUGAUUUAAUGCGUGUGUCCUUUAUAUUUGUAGAUAUAUCCCUUUUAUGUAUUCUAUAUUUAUUUGGCUUUAUGCACACAUGCAAGAAGCUGAAUAAAUUGCUGAAAAAUGUAUAAUAAAACCGAAAACAAAAUUUUGAA